AUGGCUGCGUCUUCAUGUCAGCCGUCGCACAUCUGGAGCAAGUCUGCGGCGUACAACACGGUGAACCAGGUCACCGUCGAGGCGCAAUCCGUUAUCACGACCGGCCAGAUCCACCGAGUACCGGCAUACAAAGAUCUUCGCACGGUUAUAUACAUAUGGGGAAAUAACCCGGCAGUGGACCCUGCCGACAAAACCCAUGCCAAGGCAGAGUGGGAGCCGAGCAUAUACCGCCAGCUACCGGACAUCCGUAUCGCAAGCGUAUCAUGUGGUCCGUCGUAUAUGAUGCUCUUGUCGAGCUGCCACCGGCUUUUCGCGUUGGGGCGUGGUGAUUACGGGCAGCUCGGUCUUGGUGCGUCUCUGCGCCGCGUUACAGCGCCCACGCCAAUAUCGGAUCUACCUACAGUGACAGAGGUAGUUUGUGGCGCAUACCAUUGCGUGGCCAUAGCUUCUGGAGGGAACCUGUUCUCUUGGGGACGCAACGACGUGGCGGGCCACCAGGAGGGGUUCACCACCUGCAGUCCCCGAGAGCUGACCUUCAUGGGCAGCGAGACGAAGUGCCGAACUGUAAGCGUGAACCAGACUCUAACAGUUUGUGCGUGCGAUGGCGGCACUUCGCUAUACCACUGGGGAUUCUCCUUCGCUGGGGAGAAGAUCCAGCAGCCGCAGCUGUUCUACACAUUCGACCAGACCCGAAUACGGCAGGUAGCACUGGGCAAGAGCUUCGGUUUGGCGGUAUCUGAUUCCGGAACCGUUUAUGGCUGGGGGGAUCGCACGUACGGCGAACUACUGAGCCUAGGCAAAAGGCAAGAACCAUCGUACUUCAUCCUCCCUACUCUCUUGAAACUUCGCCAUAUCCAUGGCGUCGUCAGUGUUGCCACGGGUGAUCGUCACGCGCUGCUCCUCGACGAGAGUGGAAAAGUGUGGUCACUGGGGGAAAAUAUGUAUGGGCAAUGUGGCGUUCCACCCUGUCACCACUCUUCACCGAUGCAGGUCGACUUUUCGGACUCGUCAUUCCCAGUCAGCAAAGUCGCAUGUGGGCCCAGACAUUCGGCGUGUGUCAACUCAGGAAACCAACUCUUUACGUGGGGACACUCGUCGGACCACAAGCUUAUUUUCACGUCAUCAGUUGACAUGUUGGUACAGCAACAACGCCAGCCCGGAGUAUCGGCGUCUUCCGGCCUCAAGAACUGCUGUAGCCAUCCACAAUUAAUAUACGCACUGCUGCACGAGAAGGUGGCGUGUCUGGGGCUUGCAGCGGGAUACACGGUUGUUGUUACUGGGGAGGGGAUCGUCUCCAGUGAGGAAUUGCCACCCACUGUUGAAUUAGCCCCUAACGUUGAAGAAACGCCGAGUAUUGAAGGAACCCCCACUGUAAGAGCAAAACAAACUAAUGAAGAAGGUUCCAGCGAGGUUUACUUGCCGAUUCAACUGUUCAAGUGA